AUGUUUUGCAGGGAGAUGUCGAGACUUCGCCAGAGUGUGACGAACGUUUUGAGGAGCUGCAGGUCUGCAUCAAUCUCGUGCUUGACCAGGCGAGAUCAUCUUCGAAAGAGAAGCAGUAAAUGCAAGUAGGACUCGGUAACCCGUGUUCCAUUAGCAGGGCUGAGACGUAAAGUGAACUGCAACCUCUU